AUGAAGGUUCAAUUCCGUUUCAUCACCGAAAGUGCGGUAUUCGAGUGUUUCACCAGUAUAGCGACACAGACAUCGAGGUAUCUGAGGGGACAUUGUCGAGCACGACUGAAAAUGUACCACAUGACCUACAAGGCCUCACCAUACAUCCUUGACAGUAUCGUUGAGUCCGGGCAUACCCUCAGUCUGAAGAUCACCAAGCGCAAGGAGCUCAAAUGGCACCUCGAGCCACUUACAGAUCCAGACUACGUCAACGUGACCGACGACAAAUCAACUCUGGACGUGCUCAUGGAUAUUCUCGAAGUCGCAUACCACCUCGGAGAUGAAACGCUAAUCAACGCUGCCCACGCGAUGAUGCGCUUCCGCGUCACUUCUGGCGGAAUUAAGACCAGCGACUGGAUCCAGGCUAUCGUACAAGCAUACACACCGAAGUGCAUCCUGCUCACAGCCGGGAUUGAGCAUCACCGUACUGCCCUGGAGUCGCAAUGGGAGCUCAAGGACGUGUUCCAGAAGGCGCUGUCAGAGUGCAAGGAGCUCCAGGAUGACUGA